GGAGGCUGUCUCGUCGUCUCGUCCAUCUGCGUGUUCCUGGCAUGCCCCGCCCCCUGAAGGAGUAUCACCGCGGCCCGCGGGGAGCUUCACUGACUGCGGCGUCGUCUCGUUGAUCGUCACGUGACUCGUCCUGUUUGUCCCUUAGGUUACUACGGCGACGGCAUGAACGCCAUCAUCCUCGUCUCCGCGUGCUACCUGCCGGAGAACACGGUGGCGAACUACGACUACGUCAUGGAGAACCUGUUCAGGUACAUCGUGGGGACCCUUGACCUGAUGGUGUCAGAGAACUACAUCCUGGUGUACCUCUGUAGCAUGGCCCCACGGAACAAGCUACCCACCAUCCGCUGGCUGCACCAGUGCUACACCUCCAUCGACAGGAGGCUGAAGAAGGACCUGAAGGGUCUUCUGGUGGUGCACCCGGCCUGGUACAUCAAGGCCAUGCUCACCCUGGUCAAGCCCUUCAUCAGUGAGAAGUUCAGCAGGAAGAUCUGCUUCAUCCGCACUCUGGAGGAGCUGGCCGAGUACAUCCCCACCGAGAGCCUGCUGAUACCCACACACAUCAGGGAGAUGGACAAGAAGUUGAAGAGGUGAAUCUGUGGAGGCUGAGAGGACGCACACGCACACACUCGCACACAGUGGCGGACUCAGACUGUUUGAAGGGCAGGGGCGAAAAAAUAAAAAGGGCACAUUCUUGCUCUAGAGGACGCAUCGUCAUAAUUUAUUGCAUGAAGGGGCACUAGAGGGCACCCAUUCAUAUUUCUCACAUGUUAAGGGCAGCCAAUAAGGUACUUUCUCUCGUAGUCACCACUCUAGAGGGCACUUUUUCAACCUUGGAGUGCGGUGCUGUAAGGACAUUAACACGGCGUUAUCGAACUUUCUUAUCUAGAGGGCUCAUCAUCAUAAUUUAUUGUAUGAAGGGGCACCAGAGGGCACCCAAUAAUUUUUUUCACAUGUUAAGGGCAGCCAAUAAGGCACUGUCUCUCGUAUUCGCAACUCUUUAGGGCACUUUUUCAACCAUAGACCCCCUCCCCCCAAGUCCGCCACUGCUCGCAAACACUUGAAAACUGUAAAUAAAUGUAAAUAUGUUUAUUAUUAUUAUUUUUAAUAAUAACUGUAAAUAUCUAUGAAGGGAGGUAAUAUAUUCAAAAUGGUCAUUUUCUUACAUACUUUUCUGUCCAUAAUUUUACAUCUUUAGUAAUAGUUUCUGCGUACUUUUCAUCAUGGAACAAAAUUCAGAACAUUUCGUUUUUCAAUCAUUUUCUUCUUACUGUUAUUUACAAGAUCACAAUCUUGCCAAAAGCAAACCUGUCUCUCCUGCUGGCUGUCAUAAAUAAGUUGUCAUAAAUUCACAAACACGUGAAUUUAUCUGUUGUAUAGAACUGUUGGUUAGUAGUGGUCAGCAUGUCAUGCUAGAAGACAGAUGAACGUUCGUCUAUGGAGUCAACAGAAACAGUGUUUUAAGAUAUAUUCUUAAUUGUCAUUAAUACAUUCGUAAAAUGCUGGACAUGUUUAAUGGUCUCAUUUGGUAACAAUAAAGUGGUUUGGCAUCAUCAUAGUUCAUAUUUUUCCCUUUAACUGUUGUGAUAUGUGUACAAUGUGUGUGUGUGUAACUUUCAGCCAAGAUCGAUGAAUGUUGAGAGACUGAGCUUUAGAUCAGACUUGAUGGCCCCUGUCUCAAAGCUGUUCACAUAUUCAACCAUCAAUAUUCAUAGAAUAAUGUUAAAGGUUGGGUACGCGAUUUGCGAAACGCCAGCAGAUUUUGAAAAUACACAACUCAAAUGGUCCUACCCCCUCCCCUUCAACGCUGACUCUGACUCCACCCAUUCCAAGUACCUGGACGCGCAAUCAUGCACGAGCGCGAACAGAGAUGCGCGAGAGCGAGCCAGGCUAGCGUAGGUUUUCGUUUAACAACAUGGCACUACAUUCAGCUGUAAAUUGCACCCAGUACCGCGGGAAGUAGGGGUUUUGGGGGUGCUGCAACACCCCCUGUCCGAGGCCCUGUCUUAUCACAGAAAACGAUCAUUUCUAAAAACCAAAGUGGAGAUUUCUGAAAACGCCGGUUAUGUGUUGUCGUAUCAACGGGGAGAAACGGGAUUUUAGGUUCUGAAGCGUCACAUUAUGCACCAGGAAAUGCUUAACGUCAUGUGAGCAUCCGCUGUACCGUAUUGGUCCGAAUAUAAACACAAACCCCAUUGUAAUACGACCUAUAUUUGGAAAAAAUAUUUGAAGCCCAGAUCUUGAUUUCAUGAAUAAAUAAAUUGUAUUAAUUGAAAUAAUAUACGAAAAUAAAAAGGCAUAGAAUAAAACACUGCAUUGCCACUAAACAGUAGUGCAAAUAGGCCGUACUGAUGUGUACACCAAAGACUUCCUGACACUCCUCUGCCCCGCUGUGUUCGCUCUGGCUGUGGUCGCUCCGAACUGUUUCGGCCCGUGGCAAAGCGAGUCAUCCUCGCUGCUGUCCAAGGCAUGUUGAGACGCAGCAUUUAUUUAAUGCUCAUAUGUCCUAGUGCUGAAAAAAGGUU